CCCUUUGCAGGAAGCAUUCUGCAGGGGUGCAAGCAAGAAUCUGCCUGGGCUCACGGGUCAAAGAGCUAACAAGGCCAGUGGUGGCGGCGCCACGUCCCCUGUGGUGGCAGGAGCGCGAUCUGUUGGGCUUUGGAGCGGCUCCAGUAACUAUGGCCUUUACCCUGUACUCGUUGCUGCAGGCGGCCCUGCUCUGUGUCAAUGCCACUGCCGUGCUCCACGAAGAAGGCUUCCUUAAAAACAGUGGCUGGGGAAGAGACCAGGGAAUUGGCAGAUUCAGAGAGGAGACAGGAAUUAAGCCUCAGCUAAUGAACCUUAUUCAAUCUGUAAGAACUGUGAUGAGAGUGCCAUUGAUCAUAGUAAACUCAGUUGUAAUUUUAUUACUUUUAUUAUUUGGGUGAAGAUCAGUAGGAGAAAGGGAGACUCAGGAGAAGAGAUGCCAACAGAAGUUACUACUUCCAUCAUGAUUGGAAUGUACACA